AUGGCUUCCAACAUCAUCUUUCGACGGUUCAAUUCGUUUCGCCAUUUUCAAGCUCGACCUUUCUCCUCUGUGUUAAACCCUGAUUCUACCACUCCUCUCUCCAGCAAAGAGAAAUCACGCGCCGCUCUUUCUCUCCUCAAAACGGAGAAGAACCCGGAGCGCAUCAUCGAUAUCUGCCGUGCCGCUUCACUCACACCGGAAUCACAUCUAGAUCGCAUAGCAUUUUCAAUCGCAAUUUCGAAGCUCGCGGAUUUGAAUUACUUGCAGGGUAUACAUGCUUUCAUCGAAGAGUUGCUUACAACACGACCGGAUUUGAACAACGAGAAGUUCAUCUCUCACGCUAUUAUCUAUUACGGUCAAGCUGGGUUGUUAGACAAUGCAUUCCAACUGUUUGAUAAAAUGUCCCAACUGGGUAUUGCUCAAAAUGCGAAAUCUUUAAAUGCUCUACUCUUUUCUUGUAUGUUUGCCAAGAAAUACAAUGAGGUGAAACGUGUUUAUCUCGAGUUUCCAUUGAAAUACGGUGUGACGCCUAAUCUCGAUACAUACAACACUGUGAUCAAGUCCUUUUCUGAAUCAGGUUCAUCAAGCUCAUGUUAUUCCGUGAUUUCCGAGAUGGUUAGGAAGAACUGCAAACCAAAUGCAACCACAUUUGGUACUUUGAUUGCUGGAUUCUACAAGGAGGAGAAGCUUGAAGAGGUUGGAAAGGUGUUGGAGUUAAUGAGGAAACAUGAAGUUCCCAUAGGGAUCUCAACAUAUAACACCAGAAUUCAAAGCUUGUGUAAGCUCAAGAAAACAAAUGAAGCUAAGGAGUUGCUUGAUGGGCUUAUGUUGAGUGGAAUGAAACCAAAUUCUGUCACUUAUUGUCAUUUGAUUCAUGGAUAUUGCAAAGAGGGGAAGUUGGAUGAAGGCAAGAAAUUGUUUCACAAGAUGAUUAACAGUGGCUUUAAACCUGAUAGUGAUUGCUAUUUUACACUGGUUAAUUAUUCGUGCAAAAAUGGUGAUUUUGAAGAAGCAUUGAAGGUUUGCAAACAGAGUAUGGAGAAAGAUUGGGUACCGAAUUAUUCGACUAUGAAGAUGCUUGUUGAAGGGCUUGCAAAGAGUUCAAAAGUUAAUGAAGCAAAGGAGCUUGUUGAGAAGAUGAAGGAGAAGUUUCCAAAGAAUGCUUACAUGUGGAUUGAAGUAGAAGAGACUUUAGCCAAAUUAGAGGAUAUAUAA